GUCUCCAACAUGUGUUUAUGCUGCAUGGAAAGGACUUACACUUGGAUACAGAGAAACAUGUUAAACUUGAGGAAAACACAGAUUUGUUCUGGAAAUUUAAUUCCAGUACCAAUAUAGGUAAAUGUGUUUUUAAUAAAGAUCCAGUAGUGUUUAACAAAUAUCCAGGAAAGGCUGAGUUGUUUGGAUCAAAUUGCUCUUUGAUAUUAAAGAAAGUACAACACAGUGGCAGUGGAGAUUAUAAAGCAGUUGUAGUUGGGGGACGAGACCAGACUGUGGCUGAAUACAAGGUCAUAGUUCAAGAUCCAGUGACUCCUGCUGACCUGGCAGUGGACCCUGUGUCCAACAGCUCAGACUCCUGUAACCUGACUGUGACCUGCAGCACAGUGGACUUUAACAUCCGCAGUAGUUUUAGAUGUGAUGGUAAAAGCUGCUCUCAUGCAGGAGAAAAGGAUUUGAAAGCCACAAAAGUGUUUUCCUCUCUAAUUGUUUACCUGCAUCAAGACACCAUUUACUGUAAUCACAGCAACCAAGUGAGCUGGAACGUGACUGAGAAGGUGCUCAAAUCUUACUGUGAAGCAGAGACAG